GCGAGCCUCCUUAUAUACUGACGAGACCAAAUCUUACUCCCAUGUUUUUCGCCCGCCACCAUGCGCGGCCUAGCGGCGGCCGGCGAACUACUCGCCGGCUGGUGCUCGUGCGCGCGCGCGCGCGCGUCGCGCAGUGCCGGAUUGCCGAGAUGUGCCGGAUCGCGUAUUGCGACCGCCACAACGUUAAUUUCAAAUAUGCAGUAUUCAAGUAGCAGCAACAGUUUAAACUUCAUUAUACAUUAUUAAAAUUAUUCACCAUUACAGCAGAACGUUUAAUAGAACAGAAAUUAUUUUAUUUUUUAUUUGAUGACAUCGUGUAUAAGCAGACAUUUGGGAUCCCGAUGGGGUCCCCACUCUCCCCCGUCAUCGCGGAUAUUGUAAUGCAGGAUCUAGAGGUGACAGUACUUAAAAAAAUCAAUCUUUCUCCGACUCUUUACUAUAGAUACGUUGAUGACAUAAUUAUGGCAGCACCAAGCGCAUCAAUCAGCGAUAUCCUAGUAGAAUUUAAUAAUUACCAUAAUAGGCUAAAAUUCACGAUCGAACACGAAUUGGAUGGAGCCAUCAGUUUCCUGGACUUACGAUUAAAAUCAGAUGAUAACAAUUUAACGAUAGAUUGGUUUCACAAAAAGACAUCAUCAGGAAGAUAUCUAUCUUUCUUCUCUAACCAUCCGAUGUGCCACAAGAUAGGCAUGAUCUACAGUUUAGUAGAUAGAGCACUGACGUUGGCAGACCCUUUUUUCCACACAAAAAAUAUAGAAUAUUGUAUAAACGUUUUAAUCGAGAAUGGAUACCCCCUCCCACUAAUAUUUAAAGAGAUAAAUCGUAGAAUAAGAGUAUUGCAUAAUAGAAAAGAAAACAUUAACACGGAACCUGAUGACAAACCGGAAAGGAAAAUCAUAGUCCUUCCUUACAUCCAAACGAUCUCGAGCAUUGCAAAAAAACACAUAGACAGAUCAAAGUUCAUGCUGGGAUAUCGCUGUGUGAAUAGACUUACUAAAUACAUUAACACACAUAAAGAUAAAAUCGAAAGAACGAAGGAAACGAAUGUAGUAUAUAAAAUACCAUGCGAGGAAUGCAAUGUGUCGUACGUAGGACAGACUAAGAGAAGGUUGAACACGAGACUUAAAGAACAUAUGAACAAUGCUAGACUGGAACCAUCGAGACACUCGGUAUUAACCCAACACAUGGCUGAGACUAAUCACACCAUGGAUUGGAAAAAAGCCUCGAUUCUUGACAAGGAACCGCUAUGGCAGAAAAGAAUAAUCAGCGAGAUGAUCCACAUAAAGGAGCAAGAAAACAGCAUCAAUUUACAAAAAGAUACUGAGUCACUCGAUGGUACCUAUUUUGACCUCCUUAAAAAGCUAUCUAAUUUUAAAGAAUAACAUUAACAAUACAUAGAUAAACACAAGACGCGACCGAUCUUAGUCUGUAACUACAAGUCAACGGAGAGUGACACAGAUCUGUCCACAAAACUCGUAUUAAUAACGAAAAAACCGGGAGAUAAAAAUAUCAAUCACCAGAAGAACGGUCCUAUUUUAGCCGACUAACUAAUAAUAGGAAAAUCCGAACCGCAGUACAAGUUAUUAGACGGGAAAGAACAGAUCUCGGACAACAAAAACCACACGACAGCUCACUAUAAAGAUAAUGCGUUUUACAAUUCUUGACACAAACUCCAUUUUAUAUCUUUUACUUUUUGACCGUAAUUAUACUUUGUAAUAUAUUUAUACACCUAUACAUUCUGACCAUUUUACACUGUUAAUCUAGAUGUAGGUAAUUUUAUGAUUUUAUAUUAGUAACUUAAAUUUGCGCUGAAGAAGGUGCUGUGACACCGAAACGUCCGCAACAAUCUUGUAUACCUUUGAAUUUUUAAAUAUACGAAGUAAAUGUUUUAAAUUAUUAACUAAUGUCAUCAUCUAUUCGCUCGUAACAUUGGCCUUUAUAUUGACUCAUUUGUUUUUACAUAUAACGAGCUGAUCAUACUA